UCAGUAUAAAAUCAAAUGGCUGGAACUUUGUUUGCAAGUAUCUUAUUAGUAGUUCUAAUUUACGCUACGAUAUUUCAAGACUUAUGGCUGGGUGUCUAUGCUGGUCAUGGUUGCUGUGCAUGUCCAUCGGAUUCGUGUAGUCUGGCUCAAUGGCCAUGCUGCACACAAAAGACCAAAUGGUGGAUUAAACUAUUUGGUUAAAUUACAUGUGAAAAGGAAUUUAUAUUGGAGUUGCAGUAAAUAAACUUAAAUAUCUGCAGUUACUAAGCUAAAAACAAGUUACAAACUACUUAUAAUCCCUAAUAAAUAAUGCCAAAUGGUAAUAAUGGAAUGGAAUUUAAAA